AUGGCUAAAAAGAAGAGAGCCGGUACUUCUGGUGAGACGCGGACCUCUUUUACGUUCCCCGAUCUGCACGACGAUAUAGCCUCGUUAGUCCUAUGCGACAGCAUCACACCCUGGUUCAACGCCAAAGGCAACGACGAAGAUGCAAUAAAAACUUACUGCACCAAUGUUAUGGGCCGAUUCAAAUGCAAUCAUCGAUGCACCGGCAAGAUGUGGACCAGCAAGAUGGUGGCAAUCGUGAUUCGGGGCUACAGAAGAAAUGGCUACAAUGCUCUCGUCUUCAACCAGCGCUGCAAGGGCUGCAAUGGACUUGGCACCUUUACGCUGGACAACGACUCAUAUAUCGAGCGAAUUUCAUACCGAUUAAAGAAGUGGGCGGGCGUUAUUCGCACAGUGAAACAAGAAGACUCGAUCAAAGAUGGUCCGCCACAUGAGAGCAGCUUGUGUGAAGGCUGCAAGCGAGGCGUUUGCCGGCAGCGUCGUCUGCAUAACGCCUAUUCGGAUUUUUGA